AUGGCCGAAUCGGACCCCAUUGCGCGCGAGAUUCUGGAAACCGAGCGCGGCUACGUCGAGUCGAUGCACAUUCUCAUCGAAGUCUAUCUGCAGCCGCUGCGGUUUUCGUGCGAGACGUCGCCAUCGCCAGUGCUCUCGCGGUCGCAGAUUGCCACGGUCUUCUCCAACAUCGAGCUCAUUACUAACGUCAACGCCGAGCUGGCCGAGGCGCUCGAGGCGCGGCUUCGCAACUGGUGCUCGGCGUACACCUGCAUCGGCGACGUAAUCCUCCGCAUUGCCCCGUUCCUCCGCAUGUACACUGCGUAUGCCGAAAACUACGACCGGGCCGUAGUGACCGUCUCGGCCGCCGCCAAGGAGUCGUCCAAGUUUCUCCGCCUCUUGCAGACGGCGCAGGCCCACCCAGACUCGCGGUCGCUCACGCUCACGGCGCUUCUGUUGAUGCCGAUCCAGCGUAUUCCGCGGUACAUCCUUCUCCUCACCGACCUCAUCAAGUACACCCCACGGUCGCAUCCAGACUACUCGGACCUCUGCGACGCACUGGACCUCAUCUCGGCCAUCGCCGACCGGGUCGACAACUCGAUUGUCAUUGCAGAGCAACUCUCUAAGGUGGUCACCAUCCAGAACCAGCUCAUCUCCAACCCGCCGCUCCUGGAGGGCGUGCUCCGCAAGAACAAGGAGAACCGCAUGUUUUUCCUCUUCAAUGACAUCCUCGUCUACGCCCAGCGCUCAGGCUCGCUCUUCAAGUACAAGGGUACCAUCGACCUCGGCACGUCGUGGAUCAAUGACAUCGACAGCGCGACAGCAGCCAAACACUCGCUCCGCGCCCCGUUCCAGAUCGUCUCGCUCGACAAGACCCGGACCGUCGACGCUGAGUCGCCGGCGGACAAAGCCGCCUGGGUCUCGGCCAUCGAGUCGCAAAUCAACGCGCUCACCGCCGCUGACCCUUCGCUUAUUGAGCGACGGGCGCCGGCGGCCAAAGCCAUUGUCUCGUCCAAGCUCAAGGCCAUGCUGCGGAAAAAGUCGUCAUCGAACGCAGCUGCCUCGCCAUCGACACCGUCGGCCGAGCAGAGUGGGCCGGCACCACCGGCGUCACCAACCUCGCCACGGAUGCCAGGCGGAAACGGACAGUCCAAAUCGCCGCAGCACGCCUCUGCCCGCAAGCUCCUUCGCAAGAUCCGCCUCGCCGAGGUCAAGCGGUCCGGCCCGCUUCACUCGGGUCGGCUCCGCAAGGCCGGCGUCAAGUACAACAAGGCGUAUCGGACCCGGACGUUUUUCGUCGCUGAGGGCUUUUCGAACUGGCUGUUUGAGCUCUUCCAGCUCGGCACGAGAACGUACUCGCUCUCGGCCAAGUCGGAGGCCGAGAUGAACACGUGGCUCAAGCUCAUUUCGCUAGCGGCCGUCCCGCCGGUCCGCGGCGUUCCCAGCCCGCCGCCCAUCUCACCAACCGGCCUCGAGCUUGUAGUCUCACUGCUCACCUACACCGAGUCGGAGCCGGUGGUCCACCAGGCAGCCUCUCUCCUCGCCGCGUGGGCCACCGUUCCACUCGCGGAUGAGCACAAGGCGACGCUCUCCUCGCUCGAGCUCUUCAUCCUGGAGCCGGUCGUCGAGUCGCUCUACUCGCACCUUCCCGACGUUGUUGUUGCCGCCGCAUCUGCCCUCUGCCACAUGUCUGCGCUUCCUGCCACCGCCGACCUUCUUGUUGACGCCUCCAAGUGCAACGCGCUCCUCUACCUCACUGACUUGCUGACGUACUCGGCAGUUCAGGAGGCCGCCGCAUGGGCGCUUGUCCACCUCACCUGUCUCGACUUUGCCAACGCUGCCGAUGAGGAGGCGCUGGCGGCGGCUGGCGGGUCGUCGCGGCUCUCUGCUACUGUCGAGCUCCCGUACCGAACCCGGGUGUACACCGGUGCCGGCGCGGUCCAGCCGCUGCUCAUCCUCGCACAGGCGAAUCCAAUCCCAGGCGUCCGCCUCACGGCGCUUCGUCAGCUGGCCCGCAUCGCCGCCAAGCCCUUCCACCGCAAGGCCUUCCUCGCGCUCGAGCUGCCGGUUGUUGCCUGGCUGGAGGAGUUUAUGCGGAGUACCGAGGUGGAGGUUGUCGAGCUUGCGGUUGUCAUUCUCGGCUUUCUCGGCCUCAACGACAAGUUCCGGCCGCGGCUCUUUUACUCGCGGCUGGUAGCAUCGCUCGUUGGCUUUCUCUCGCUCUCGUCGAGCCGGAUGGUGGCCAAGGCGCUGUUUGCAGCCAAGUCGAUUGCGCUCUCGACAGACGGACUCGCUCUCCUGCUUGAUGAGCUGUAUGUGGCGCGGCUGCUGAACCUGGCGACCGCAGCGUCGCCUCUCAUUCUUCGCGAGUUGGCGAUGAUCUCGCUCCGGACCCUGUCGGCUUUCAAUGUUGGGAGGGCGGCGGCGUUGGAUGCUGGCAUUCUCCCCGAGCUGGUUUCCAUUGUGGCUGCUGGUGAGCACGCUAUUGUGCGUGCCCAUCACGAGCUCGAGUCAUCGCGGAUCCGGACCGGACGCCCGCAGCUCGACGCCUACAUGGGCGCCGACAUUCCGGGAACGGCGGCAGCGAUGGCAACGACUUCGCACCUGUCGUCGGCGUACGCCAGCGGCGAGGACAUGCGGUUGCUGAGCGACUCUGCGCUGGUGGAUGCCGCGCUGCGCGACUCGGCGUCCAAGGUGGUGGCCCACGCUGUGUGGUGCAUUGCCAACGUGUUUGCGCUCGACGCGCCUGACCUCAUGAUCGAGGCGCUGCGGUCGCUGGACGGCCUUGACGCGCUGCUCGCGCUCCUCACGCCCGAGCGGCUUGGCACUCAGCCGGAAAUCAUCCGCGGCGUGCUGGCGGCGCUCGGCAACAUUGCGCCGUUUGCGGUUGUCGACGUCCUCGCCUCGCGCACCGCCCUCCGGGUCACCGUCGACGCGCUCAACGAGGACCUGUACGAGGCCGAUUUGCAAGUCCAGGCCUCCACCUUUCUGCAUGCGCUCGUCACCGCGCCGAUGCUCGAGCACUCGAUCAUCUCGCAGGGCGCGGCGCAUUCACUACUCCACACGCUCGGCGAGGUGUUGCUGGAUGCAGCCAGGCUGUUUGAGGCGAGCUUUUUGCUCCUCGCCUCGCCGCGGGCGUCGACGUCGAAGCGAGUGCAGACCCGCUACAACUUGGUCAUAUCGAUUGCCAAGCUCCUCUCGCUCUCAUCGGCACUCUACUCUCUGGCGUGGAGUGAGAGGCUGGUCAAGGUGGCGUCGGCCAUGGAGCCGCAAGCCGUCGCCCGCCUCGAGCGCAACCUUAACGAGCAGCUGCGGAUGCGGACGUCGGACCGCGAGUUUGUGCUCGCUGUCUUUACCAUUGUCGACACGAUUGGAUGGAACUCGGCCUUUGUGACCCACGACCCGCUGCGGCUCUUCUAUGAGCAGCAGCUCGCGGAUGAAGAUGCGGUCGGGCGAAAGGGCUUCGGCACAGGUAGCAACGUGACUGCUCCGGCCGCACUUCUCGUGUCGACAGGAGUCACGACCAAGGCUGAGAGCGCUCGAAAGCGCAAUUCGACACUUGCCGGUGUGCGGCGGUCGCGGCGUGUCACCAUGUCCAACGGCGCGGCGCUCGACCAGGGCUACCUCGUCUCCGACGGCUUGGAUUUGCCUGUUGAGCUGCAAGACGCGUCGUCCAUGUCGCACCGUGAGCACUCGAUCCUGUCGCGGCUCUCGGUACUGGACAUGCCUGGCGACGACUUUGACGAGACCGGGUUCGACCUCGGCUCGGACUCUCUUGACGACGACGACAACAACGACGACGACGGCAAGUACAGACUCGAGGCUGGGGUCUCGGACUCGGACUCGGACUCGGACAUGCCGCACGAUCUUGACGGCUUUGUGCCGAAUCCUUUCUUUACCGGAGUCUCGCAGGCGCUGGCGGCGACUGCAUCCGACUGCGAGAGCUCGGGCGUCGAGCGCCGUAGCGUGACCGUGCCUGCACUGGCGCUCUCGCCGCAGGCCUCGCGGGCAGCCGAAGACGAGAUGGUCGAGGAUGCAGUGCCGAGCUCACCGCCGAGUGGUGCCCACGCGCCACCCGACAUCGUGGUCGCUGUGGGAAACUCUCAAGUACGGCUCCCGAGCGUGCUGUCGACCAGCGCUGUCUCGUCGCCGCGGACGACGUCGGAGAAUGAGGAUCGCAAGGACUCGCGCGACAUGUUCUCCAACAUUGUGAGCGAAGCCGACCUUGUGGCGACGCUAGACGCUGAGAAGAAUGCACGCCUCUCGCGCGCGUUGGCGUCGCGGGCCGCGAUCUCGCCGCCGACUCCUACCGAAGGCGCCGUACCGGGCGAGGAAGACGCAAAGGACGACGAGGAGGCCGAAGUCGAGCCAGCAGCAAGCAGCGAUGCUCCUGACGAGGAUGCCGGUGGCAGCGCGCUCCACCGUGCCAGCAAGGUGGACAUCCAGGCAGACGAAAUCGCACCGAUGUUUGACAGCGAUGCGUUUGGGUUUUGAGGCAGCGGUUGUGGCCGUGUGACCGUCUCGCCAAGAGUAGACGUUUAUGCUGGCAUGGAGUGCGGCGGCACGGGCAGAGAUAAUAGCAACCAGCGGCUCGCGAUCCAGGUCCUGGAACUUGCGUGUGAGCGAGACCGAGUCGAACUCUGCAAUGAUAAAGUCGAGAGCGACACGACGGA